UUUGAUUCCCAAAACAAAAACUUUCUUCGAUUGUUUAUUCAUAAUCUUUCUCAUGGCGGCUCUCUCCACCAUCUACCACCCACUCUGUGCACACCACAAUCACCGUACAACAAGAUACAGCGUCAGAUCUCUGACUGUGAUGUCUUGUCGGAAGCAGAAAUCACCGGAAGAGAGUGGAGGAGUGAUCAAGAGAACAGUGGUAAGGAUGAUUUCAGAGGCUGAGAAGAUUGGGAAGAAUCUGAAGCCAGAGAAGAAAGGAGGAGACAUGAAGGAUCUGAUGCUUAUGAGUCUUUCUUUUGCAGUUUAUGUCUAUAUAUCUCAACUAAUGGUAUGUGCUUACUUCUCCUGGACCCAUGUCGCUCUCCCCAAUCCCUCAUGGUAGUUUAGCUAAGAUAGAUCAUUUCUUCUGCCCCUCAAGUCACAAUUGUGUUAUGUAUAUAUUUUGCACAUCAUUUAUAAGAUUACCAAGCUCUCUCAAA